AUGCCCUCACAGUUCCCCGCCCCCGAGGCCGCCCCUCGGUACAGCUUCCUCGACGAUUACAGCGAGGGCGCCCACCCGGCCCUCCUCAAGGCCCUCCUCGCCAGCAACACGUCCCAGGAGGCCGGCUACGGCGGCGACGCCUACUCGGCCCUCGCCCGCCAGCGAAUCCGCCGCCAGCUCGGCCGCGACAACGUCGGCGUCUUCUUCGUCCCCAGCGGCACCUCCGCCAACGCCAUCUCCAUCGCCGCCUGCCUGCGGCCCCACGAGGCCGUCAUCGCCGCCUCCUCCGGCCACAUCGUCACCCGCGAGGCCGGCGCCAUCGAGGCCGGCGGCCACAAGAUCAUCAACGUCCCCGCGCCCCUCGACGGCAAGCUGACCCCGCAGACCGUCCAGCGCGCCGUCGACGACAACUGGCACUUCCCCCACGUCGCCAAGCCGCGCCUCGUCUACAUCUCCAACGCCACCGAGAUCGGCACCCUCUACACCCGCGCCGAGCUCGCCGCCCUCAAGCGCGUCUGCGAGCGCAACGGCCUGCUCCUCUUCCUCGACGGCGCCCGCAUCGGCGCCGCCCUCGCCUCGCGCGCCAACGACAUGACCCUCCGCGACGUCCUCGACCUGACCGACGUCUUCUGGAUCGGCGGCACCAAGAACGGCGCCCUCCUCGGCGAGGCCGUCGUCGUCAAGGACCCGCAGCUGGCGACCGAGUUCGAGUUCCACGUCAAGCAGCACGGCGCCCUGCUCGCCAAGAGCCGCGUCAUGGGCACCCAGUUCGCCGAGCUGUUCCGUGGCCGGGACGACGACGACGACGGCUGCGGUGGUAUUGGUGGCGACGUCAAUGGCAACGGUAAUGAUGACUGCGCCGCCGAAGCCGACGGCAACGUUCUCUACUUCGACCUCGCGCGCCGGGCGAACCUGCGCGCCGAGGCGCUGUCGGCCGGCAUCACGGCCGCCGGGUUCGCGUUGUGCGCCGCGACGCAGACAAACCAGGUCUUCGCCGUCCUGCCGCUGCCACUAGUCGAGGCGCUUCAGGCGCAUUUCGUGUUCUACGUGUGGGAGAGGCGCGGUGACGGCGAGGCUGUCGUGAGGCUGCUCACGACGUGGGCGACGGACGAGGCCGAGGUUGACAGCUUCAUCCGGAUGGUCAAGGAGGGGAACAACCAACGACCGUUACCAAUAGGCCACCAACUGUGA